GUAUGACUGUACGGAUGAUAUCAUUAGUUAGACCCCUCUCUCUCGCUCUCUCUUAUUUUACUGCUACAUUACCAGUGAGUUCAGUAUUUCGUUUGAACGCUUACAAACCGUUUUCAAGUUCACUUACUCGCCGUUUAAGAUUACCUCAACGUGUAUUGGGCUGUUCUCCUUUGCUAUGGUUUGGUGUCUUUGAACCGUAAUUAUUUUUAAUUUAAGUGGAUUGAUUAUCUAUUAUUUUUUUUCACUGGAGGUGUUCUCAAUAAGUAUAUUAUUUGUCGUCAACAACAGCUAUUAUGCCGUCGGCGACUUACAAACUGAACAGUGAUUCGACAAACGGUGUCAACCGUUCAUCGCAGGAGUUUCAGAAGCAAGACUACGCCGAAGAAAAUGAUAUGCCAUCAGUCAUCAUUCCAGGAAUAUCGACUUCCACACUGCAUUUGAACAACAUCAAAACAACAGCUAGUAAACACGAGGCGGGAAAAAUCAAGUUAAGCUUUUUGCGCAUUUUUCGGUAUGCAGACAGAUGGGAUAUUAUUUUGAUGGUCAUUGGCAGUGUCAUGUCCUUGGCGACCGGCGCCAGUUUACCAAUUUUGGGUUACUUCUUCGGUAAAAUGACAAACACCUUCAUCCAACAAUCAUCUGAGGACAAUCCAUUGGACGUGACGACUCUGCCUACUAAUGACCGGAACGCAACGUAUAACGGGACGUCGUAUCCCACUUCCGAUCGCAUGUCUCCGGAAGAUUUCGACAUAUACUUGACAACAUAUUCGUUGUACUAUUUAUACAUCGGCAUAGCCGUUUUAAUUGCCGCCUACAUACAAACUUGGUGUUGGGAGAUGUCGUGCGAGCGACAAGUGUACAGAUUGCGCAAUGUGUUCUUCAAACAAAUCAUCCGACAAGACAUCACGUGGUUCGACGUCAACCAGAACAACGACAUCACGUCCAAAUUAUUCGAUGAUUUGGAACGAAUCCGCGAGGGCAUCAGCAGCAAAUUCAGCAUGCUCUUCCAAUACGUUUCUACAUUCGUCUCGGGGCUGACGAUCGGAUGUAUUGUCAGCGUUAAACUCACGUCGAUUCUACUUCUCAUCGGACCGUUCAUCAACUCGUCAAAAGCCGUCGCCAGGGAACAGAUAAAGUAUUCCCUGGCCGGGGGAAUCGCCGAAGAAGUUUUUACGGCCAUAAAGACCGUGGCGGCGUUCGGAUUGGAGAAGAAACAGAUCGAUAGGUACGCAGCGGCGCUCAAAGAAGGACGGCUUAUCGCUUCCCGGAGGUACUUGGAAUUCUCCAUAUGCCUUGGCCUGUUGUUUAUGCUGAUGUAUUGCGGUUACGGUCUGGCGUUCUACUACGGGGCUCACUUGAUACAAAAAGGAGAAGCCACGCCGGGCACCGUCUUCACCGUUUUCUUCAGCGUAAUGGCCGGGGCGUUUUCCAUCGGAGCGGCUUUGCCGUAUUUGAACUCUGUCACCACAGCCGUUGGCGUGGCCUCCAACCUUUACAACAUCAUCGACCGAGUGCCCAAAAUCGAUUCGUACGCGAACAGUGGGUUAAGACCAGAAUUGGUCGUGGGCAAAAUAGAAGUAAAAAACGUGUGUUUCAGAUAUCCGUCCAGACCAGAAAUUAAAAUUCUUGACAAUUUAAAUAUAGCUAUUGAACCGGGUCAAACAAUAGCCUUGGUAGGCUCAAGUGGCGCGGGGAAGAGUACCAUCAUCGGUCUGCUUUUGCGGUUUUAUGAUCCAGAAUCAGGAAAGAUUUAUUUGGAUUCUGUUGAACUGGGCGACUUGAACAUACAAUGGCUGCGGGAUCAAAUAGGGGUCGUCUCUCAGGAGCCAAUACUAUUCGGUGUAUCGAUUGCCGACAACAUUCGAUACGGACGUGGAGAUAUCACUGAUCAAGAACUAGUAGACGCCGCCAUCCAAGCAAGCGCCCACGACUUCAUCAAAGAUCUACCAAACGGUUACAAUACGUACGUCGGCGACAGAGGUUGUCAACUUUCUGGGGGCCAAAAACAACGCAUUGCAAUCGCUAGGGCUUUGGUCAGAGAUCCCAAAAUACUUUUGUUGGACGAGGCCACGUCAGCUUUAGAUUCACAGAGCGAGGGUCUGGUUCAAGAGGCGCUGGAUCGCAUCAUGAAAGGGAGGACGACUAUUAUAGUGGCUCACAGGUUGUCGACCAUCAGAAAUGCAAACGUUAUACACGCGAUGAAGGAAGGACGUGUGAUCGAAUCCGGAACUCACGAUGACCUCAUGAGCAAACAAGGUUUAUAUUAUAGUUUAGUGAUGGCGCAGAUCAAAGAACAAAAAGAAGACCGAGGGGAAGAGUCAACCAAGUUAUUAAGUGAAGCCGAUCAGGAUAACGGACAAUACGAAAUCGACGACAAAGCCAAACCGGACGAUACGGAUAACGACACCGAUGACGAUGAUUCGAGACCCGCCGAACAAGUGGAAAUGCUUAAAAAUAAUAAUUGUAAUACCAUUGUAAACCAUCAACCGUCUCACAACAUGAGUAAAUCGAAAUACACCAUGUGGAAACUAAUCAAAUACAAUUCACCCGAAUGGGCCGCCCUGCUGUUCGGAAGCCUCGCUUGUAUAGUCAACGGAUGUCUGGUGCCCAUUUACGCGUACUUCUACGGCCAAGUGUUCGAAUCGUUGAAGCUGACCGGCGAACCGCUGGAAAGGGAAGCCAGAUUUUGGUCAUUCAUGUUCGUCCUGAUUGGAGUGACGUCAGGCUUGGCCAUGCUGUGCCAAACUUUGUGCUUGACCUAUGCCGCGGAACAGCUGAUGAUGCGAAUGCGGACCAUGGCGUUUGUCAAUAUCCUGCGACAGGCGGUCGGAUGGUUCGAUUAUAAAGACUCGUCUCCAGGUAAUCUCAUAACGACAUUGGCCAGGGACGCUCCGGUAGUGAAAGCUGCAGGGGGGAUGAGAGCCGGUCAAGUGAUGGCGGCCAUCGUCACCCUGGUGUCGGCCAUCACGAUAGCGUUGGUUUUCGGAUGGAAGCUCGCCAUAGUGUUGGGGCUGUCGGUUCCUCUGGUCAUCGGCGCCGCGUAUCAACAGCAAAUCAUCCAACGAAAACAUCAACGGAGAGACGCCAAAUUUAUGGACGAGGCCGGCAGAAUAGCAUCGGAGUGCGUGCAAAACGUGCGAACCGUACAGUCGUUGGGAAAAGAGAAAAUAUUUGCAAAUCUUUACCAAAAAAGUCUCAAAGUUCCGAACAAAGAAGCGAAAAAACAAGUCUAUUCGUAUGCUUUGCUGUUCGCCCUGUCACAAUCGAUCACGUAUAUGUUGUACGCCGUAGCUUUCAAGUACGGAUCUUACUUGGUUCUCAAUAAGGAGAUGACUCCCACUUCGGUGUACAGAGUGUUUUUCGCGUUGACGUUCUCCGCCCAUUCAAUCGGACACACGAUGGCUUUCCUGCAAGACUAUGCAAAAGCCAAGCUGUCGGCCUCGCUCAUGUUUCAGCUGAUUGAAACCCCUUCGGAAAUCGACAGUCAGUCUACCGGCGGUCUGAAGCCUGAAAUCAUCGGCAAAGUCGUGUUCAGGGGUGUUCAUUUUUCGUAUCCCACGAGGAAAAACAACAAGAUACUGAACGGUAUGGAUUUUUCCGUCAGCCCGGGAAAGACACUGGCCUUGGUCGGCGAAUCGGGUUGUGGCAAAAGCACCGUGAUCGCCUUGCUCGAGAGGUUUUACGAUCCGACCAGCGGGCUCAUCGAGGUAGACGACUGCGAUAUCAGACGGUUCAAUCUGAAUCAUUUGCGGCAGAGCGUAGGGCUCGUCACCCAGGAACCUAUUCUGUUCGAUUGUUCGAUCAAAGACAAUAUAAGUUGCGGGACUAACUCGAGUAACGUCAAGUCUGUGCCGUUCGAUAAGAUUGUCGAAGCCGCCAAAAAAGCAAACGCCCACGAUUUCAUAAUGAGCUUACCUAAAGGUUACGAUACCGAAGCGGGCGAAAGAGGCUCACAAUUGUCCGGAGGUCAAAAACAGAGGAUCGCCAUUGCCAGAGCGCUGAUAAGAAAUCCAAAAAUACUCUUAUUGGACGAAGCUACUUCGGCCUUAGACACCGAAAGCGAAAAGGUGGUCCAAGAAGCUUUGGACGACGCCAGGAGAGGUAGGACGUGCAUAACGAUUGCUCAUCGACUGUCCACUAUUAAAUCGGCCGACUUAAUAGCCGUGGUGAAGCAAGGAAAAAUCGUCGAACUCGGCACCCACCAAGAAUUGCAGGAACUCAAAGGAUUUUACUACGAACUAGUGAAAAGACAGCAAUUGUGAUAUUAGGAAAAUAGAGAGAAACAAUAAUGUUCUCAUAGUAUAAUUAUUUAUGACCCCAAGUUACCGCGUCCGUUGUUUUUAUUACAAUAUAAUUAAAUAUUAUAACAAUAAUAAUUUCCAUGCA